CCCGCCCGCCCGCUCCCUCCCGCGGGGCCUCGGCGGCGGAGGCAGCGGCGGCGGCGGCGGCGGCGGCGGCGGCGGCGCGGGCAGGUCCGCCUGCUGCCCGGUCCCAUUUGUUGCCUUGUCUGGCUCGGGGCGGCCGCUGCGUGCGGAGCUCCGGGGAGCCAGGCGGGGCGCAGCCGCACAGCCACGACGGAGCAGCCGCGGGACUGGCCGCCCCGCGCCCCCUUGGCCGCGGUGCCCUUCCCCGGGGCGCUCACCCCCUUCUCGGGAUGGGAUUGUAGCGGCGGCGCGGACUCGGCGGGGAUCGCGGAGGAGACGGUGGCGGCGGACGAGCGGGGCUCCAUGUUUUCCCCCGGCCCGGAGGAGCCCUGCGCCCCCAAUAAGGAGGCGGUGAAAUACGGGGAGCUGGUGGUCCUGGGGUACAAUGGUGCUUUACCUAACGGAGACCGAGGGCGCAGGAAGAGCAGGUUCGCCCUGUACAAGCGGCCCAAGGCAAACGGCGUCAAGCCCAGCACGGUGCACGUGAUCUCCACACCGCAGGCGUCCAAGGUGACAGAGCCCCGACCACCACAUAGAGGAGACUGCGACAGAGAAGCAGAAGAUGUUAGAAAAACAUGCGACAGAGAAGCAGAGGAUGUUAGAACAACAAACACAUUUGAAAUGCAACAAAAUAUUCUACUUGAAAAGCUAUUGAGUUACUCAGAACAUCACACGAAGAUACAGGCUAUCAGCUGCAAAAGCCAGCACAGUAUAUCCUACACCUUGUCAAGGAGUCAGACUGUGGUGGUCGAGUAUACACAUGACAAAGAUACGGACAUGUUUCAGGUGGGCAGAUCCACGGAGAGCCCCAUCGACUUCGUCGUCACCGACACCAUCUCGGGCAGUCAGGGCGCCGAGGAGGCCCAGAUCACCCAGAGCACCAUCUCCAGGUUCGCCUGCAGGAUCGUGUGCGACAGGAACGAACCCUACACGGCACGGAUAUUCGCGGCCGGGUUCGACUCCUCCAGAAACAUAUUCCUUGGGGAAAAGGCAGCGAAGUGGAAGAACCCCGACGGCCACAUGGACGGGCUCACCACCAACGGCGUGCUGGUGAUGCAUCCGCGGGGCGGCUUCACCGAGGAGUCGCAGCCGGGGGCCUGGCGCGAGAUCUCCGUCUGUGGGGACGUGUACACCUUGCGGGAAACCAGGUCGGCCCAGCAGCGGGGCAAGCUGGUGCAGAACGAGAGCAACGCGCUGCAGGACGGCUCGCUCAUCGACCUGUGCGGGGCCACGCUGCUCUGGAGGACGGCCGACGGCCUCUUGCACACGCCCACGCAGAAGCACAUCGAGGCGCUGCGCCAGGAGAUCAACGCCGCGCGGCCGCAGUGCCCCGUGGGGCUCAACACGCUCGCCUUCCCCAGCAUCAGCCGCAAGGAGGUGGUGGAGGAGAAGCAGCCCUGGGCCUACCUGAGCUGCGGCCACGUGCACGGCUACCACGACUGGGGCCACCGCAGCGACGCGGAGGCCAACGAGCGCGAGUGCCCCAUGUGCAGGACUGUGGGCCCCUACGUGCCCCUGUGGCUGGGCUGCGAGGCCGGCUUCUACGUGGACGCGGGGCCGCCCACGCACGCCUUCACGCCCUGCGGACACGUGUGCUCCGAGAAGUCGGCCAAGUACUGGUCCCAGAUCCCGCUGCCCCACGGCACGCACGCCUUUCACGCCGCCUGUCCGUUCUGCGCCACGCAGCUGGUCGGGGAGCAGAAUUGCAUCAAACUCAUUUUCCAGGGCCCGAUCGACUAGCGCCCGCGCCCGCGCCCGCCACCCUCGACUUCUGUUAACAAGUUACUGUGAAGAUUCCGCCCUGGCUCUCAAGUCGACCUUUUCCUAAGGCUGUGGAUGAGCGGAGGGCGCGGCGCCCGCGCGGCGCAGGGCGGGGGCGGUGAUGGGGCCCCCGCGGGCUCUGCCUGGAUCCUAGCGUAACAGCUUCCUUAAGAAUUGCAUUGCAGAUGCCACGCUUUUGUUUGUAACCUGGGGCUUUUUUUAAACCAAGUGUUUUGUUAUUGUUGUUGUUUCUUCCUUUUUAAACCUGGACAAGUCCUGUUUUACACCUGUAGAAGACAUGGAUUGGCCGGUUAUUGACGGUCAGUGGGCACCCGAGGGGGCCGCCCCUGGGCAGCCUCUAUGGUGGUGGGAACGCCACCGGAGGCCAAAGGGGGCUCCCUCUGUGUGACAGGGAGCAGGGGGCCUUAGGCACAAGUGGGGGGUCCCAGAAUCUGGGGCUUCUCUUCUGACCUGUUUUUCUUAAUUUUGGGGGAGACAAUAGUCACCUAAUUUUGUUUUAACUUUAGUGGAAUUUACUCAUUCAUCAAAUAACUUGGCAUUUCAAAGAAUUUCCCACAAGUUUUCCGUCAGCUUUUUGUUACUCGUGCAUAAUGUUCUUGGGCCGUGAUACCCAUCUCGCUUAGCCAGAACGGUUUGGUUGACUAAACCGCAGCAGUUCUCGGAGCUUCCAUAACAAAGGGUGGUUCCUGCAGCAGGAGGCGUGGCCUCAGCACUGUGAUGCCAACCUCCUUUGCUUGCUGAACUGUGUAAGAUACAAGAGUGGUUAAAAAUAAGCUGCUGCUUUUUGAAGCCACUUGUUGGAUCAUAAGAAAGCCAAGAAUCCCUGAGCCUCAAAGCAACAAAUCAGAGCGAAAAUCAUUUCUAUUCACUCAGUUCCCACCAUCUGUCACCUUCCCCUGCAGCCUAAGGCGCUCUGGAAGUUUUGAAAAUGUUUGCAAAUCAGACUAAAUUUAUAUGUGAUCAUUAGAUACACACACACCAAGUGGUACAUCUGCAGAGGUAAUUUGAAAUUCUUGAUUUUGGGAGAGUGAGCGAGUGUUUACAGAAGAAUAAUUAAACCAGAAUUUCACAUGCACCGGCAUCCCUCUCCGUUAGCUUCGUUCGUUUUGAUUAAUAAUUCUUGGAUGCUCAUUUCUCUGUUCUCGGUACCACCAGCAUCACCACACCCAGACAGUAGAGAUCCUUGAACUGCUAGGGGCUGGCUGAGAUAAAAUAGGUCCCUGCCGCCUGGGGCUAGUCUCUAUGUAAGCUAACAUCCUCUUACACUGACCACUGCAGAUUUGAGCUACCUUUUUUAAUGUUUGUAUAUAGACAUAUGUAAUUUAUAUGAUUCUAAUAUACUGUUAUAUCCUUACUUGAAUUGGUUCUUCCAUAUUUUGCCUACCGGCAAAUAUUUUUUGCCUCUGUUGAGUCAUUCUGAUCUAUUGACUGCCCUUUUCCUUAAAAGUGAUGAUAUAUUCCUUGUGACCGCUGCUGCUUAAUUGGACUUCAUAUUUUCAAAGUUCAGCCUCUCCGUUUUAAAAAUAGCUUUAUUUACAAUGGCGAGCAUUGUUUAGGAUGAGGCAUUUUUGGCUUUGGGUUUUGUUUUUGUCAUUCUUUUUUUAAACGAUGCAAAAAUCCAACAACAGUCCUCUUCCUGGUGGCUUCCUCUGCUCUGUGCAGCCUCCACUUCCUGUACCCAGAAAACGAGAGGCGGAAACAUGGAAUAACCUGGAAUAAUACAGCGGAUGCCUUCUGACGUAGCCAGAGUCGCCGGUGAUUCGCUUUCCCCAAGACUGUCUGUUUAGCCUGUGAAUCUUUGGGCUCCAAAGGAUAAUAAAGGAGGCAGCUUGUUCCCUUUGCUUGUGGCUAGGAGCUGAUUGGAGGAUUCUUGACACCCUAAAAAUCAUCUUGUAAGAUAAAUGGCUUCGCAUCCAGAAAAGCCAGAUUUUUACCUACCAAAAAAAAAUAUAUUUUUUCCAAAAAGUAAUGCUCCGAUGUCAUGAUUUUCCAUUGCAGGAGCCAUGUCUAGCAGUUGUGCCUGAGACAUGCACCCCGACAUAAAGUGGUCUUUCCACUUGAAAAGUUUCUGACUUUCAUAAGCGCAGAGAGUUUAUGUGUAAGUUGAAAUCUGGGUAAUGACUCAAGCGGUGACAGCAAAGCCAUCCCCUGUGGGAUCCACAUCUCUCCCGUGGGGUCCCAGGUGAGGCCUCCUCUCCCUCUGCCCAGGGAACCGCGGAGAGGUGCUUGGUCUGACCCAAGGAAACCAUGCUGAGCGUGGCCCCCUUCAACGUGGUUCCCUUAAAAUGUGGACGAAGGAUACUUUUUUUCAGCGUUGAAAGCACUUCCAUGCGUGGGAAUGAAGAACUCUAGCUCAGCAGAGUGGAAUAAUACAGUUCAGAAAAGGCCACUUCUGUGUCUCCGUCUUGCUUGCUGUCACAUUACAAGGCAGGUCUCAGGCCCCUUGUGGACACGGAAGGAAAUUGCUCACCAGUUACCCUGGCUAAGAUGCCUUUGUGAGUAAGUUUCCAGGAGCGAAUCCCAAGUGACGUAUUCCCAUAGAUGAUGUUCUUUUUUUUUUCAGUUGUUUAUGUCAAUUUACUACAAAAACAAAGCAAACAAAAGAAACCACAAUGAUUCAGAGUUAACUGGUUAUAACUCUGAGUAUUUUUCUAGUCCGAAAUUUUUUUAUUAUUACUAAUCGGUGCUGUCGGGUCAUGCAUGCUGUAACUCUCAACAUUUCUCUUAUUUGGCUAAACUGUUUGCAAAAAGGGCUACAGUUCACACUGCAGAAUAAGUACUUAGCUUUCUGGGUACCCCCCCCCAACUGUGGCCCAAAAGAAUUGAAAUCUUUUAAUAUAAAUAGAAAGCAUAUUUAUCAUUCCUCGAUAGUUAAUUAUAGAGUUUGGUACCUCUGUGCCUCAGGGAAGCCACAUGGUAUGACUGGUUAUAGAAUUUCAGGGUUAGGGUUUAAAGAAAGGAGAAAGCCAUUGGAAAAACGGUGGGCUCCAUUCAGGAGACUAAUGAAUCCGGAUGCAGAAAUAUGCCAGGGACUGGCGUAAACAUGAUUGUAGUAGAAUUUAUUUUCCAGUACCAGUAGGGCAAUCAUUCUUAGAAGUUAUUACUUGUACCAUAGUUGGGAAGGUGAGGGCAACUCUUGCCUUUUACUUUCUCACACAUAGAAAAACUCAAACCUCUGUUCUUGGAGAGCUUGGUGGUGGUGUUUGGGCACUUUUGAGAGUGUAAGGAGCACAUUUUUUUUUUUUUUUUUUUUUACUUACGUGUAAUCGAGGUUUGGAGUUAUAAGCCGCAGUUCUGUGUGGUUCUGCUCACUUUGUCUUCUCUUUUGAAGCCAUUCUCUCUCCGAGAGUGUGUGGCCACACCAUUGCCAGUGCUGGGUAAAACAGGAGGGCUCCGUGCGGUCUCGCCCCACAGCCGUGGAAUCUCUGAGGGACAAACCCCGGGACCUCUAAGCCACAUCCUGUCCUGUUCCGGUGGCUGUGCUGCCUCUGCCAGCUCAGAGCCUGCAGCUCUUCCGGUGCUGGAGAUACAGCACAGCUCUGCGGCCAUGUCUGUGCCCCAGAGUCCCAGGGAACAGCAUCGGGAACUUUUGCAAAGAAUGUAAACAGGAUUGAAGCAGUGACACACGAGGCGGCUCAGUGUUUUCCUUUUAGUGAGACGUACAUCCUCACAGAUACGUUUUACCCUCAUGAAGAAUCCGUAAGGAAAGAUGGGCAAGAACUAUUUUUCCAGGUCUACUUCGUUGUUUCUAAACAAAACUGAACGAAAGGGAAGUGACUUCUUCCCAGCUGAGAUGACAGAUUGCUUCUCUGUGUUAAACAGUCCGGACAUCAAGGGGGUGGUCAUAUUUACCACGUAUAGUGUUAUGAGCAGUUAAAUUUUAUGGAUAUAUUUGUAAGAUCAUUCUUUUAUAUUUCAUGUCAAAUUGAAAAGUUUUUAUUUCUUCACUAUUGUACCUGUGGAAAUACAAGCCAUUUUACAGGAAAAAUCUUCAGAAACUAUUAAAUGGAUCUCCGUA